GAAAUAUGGCGGCUGGUGUUUGACAAUUUUGGAACGUUAUAUAUUUUGACUUGUUUUUAAUUUUGGAAGCCAUGUCCACCACAACAGUCUGCGGUGAUACUUCGGAAGCAGUAGAAUUUUUCACCCCAGCAGGUCUCUGCUUGAAACCCAUAGCCAAACUCAACGUCUGCGUUCAGCUUCCACAGUUGAAGGCCCCCGGGAAGACGAUAUCAAACUGGGAGGUGAUGGAGAAAGUCAAGCACAUGAUCAGACCCGAGGAGUUCAUCACACUGAAAAUUGUGAAGAGCACGCUGGAGUUUAUCCGCCUGGAGGGAGAGAUCGAGAACAAGGGCAAGAUUAAACUUCUGAUCGCGAAGCUCGAUGGCAAGACAAUCAAGCUGUGUGGCUUCACCGAAAGUCUCAAAGUGCGGGCAGCCGAGGCGAAGAUCAACUUCCCUUCCCGACACGACUGGGAUUCGUAUUUCCGCGAUGCCAAGAACAUGAAUGAAAUGAAGUCCGGCGAGAGACCCGACACGAUUCACCUGAAAGAGCUGCCCACUCGCUGGUUUGCCAGUCGCAAAGACAAGAAGAAGGACAUUCCGAGCGAGCAGAUUCUGCGGCGGGUGUUUGACGUGUUUGGUGAGGUCCGCUGUGUCGAUAUUCCUAUGCUCGACCCAUACAGGAAGGAGAUCAUUGCGGCCUCCAAGCUGGGCACAAUUCAGACGUUCAGUUACGGACAGGACUUGACGUUCGAUGCUUUCGUGCAGUUCAAGGAGUACAUCAGCUUCGUUAAGUCGAUGGAUGCCUUAAGAGGGAUGAAACUCAUGUACAAAGAUGAGAAGGACGACAAGGCCUACACUACUAACAUCAAGGUUGACUUUGACAAGACAAAGCAUUUGAGUGAUAAAAAUAUUCGAAAACGGCGUCUUGAGCGUGAAAAGUUGGAAGCACUUGAACGAGAAAGAGAAGAAAAAGCAAAGAAGCUUAAAGAAGAGGAAGAAAGGAAAAAGGAAGAAGACAGACAAAGAAAACUUGAAGAAGAGCGUGACAAGGAGAGAAAACGACAGGAGAAAAUCCAGAGGAAAAUUGACCGAAGGAAGGAGAGGGAAGCUAUUAGACAGCAGAAAAGGCUGGAGAGAAAAAGAAGGGAAGAGGAAGAGAAGAUUCGGUUGAAGAUUGCCAUGGAGGAGAGACGACUGUUGGUAGCUCAGAGGAAGUUGGAAUCACUGAGACUCCUGUCGGAACUCUUUAACAGGAUAAAAGAAGAUAAGUUAAAAGAAGAUUUGGUGGAAUGGGAAAAAGAGUUGGAACGAGAGAAGCUGCGGCAAAUUGAAUAUGACCGGAAACGAAAGCUUGAAGAGGAGAUGCUAAAAGCAGAGGCCAAAAGGAUGAAGAAGGAACAGCUGGCCCAGCAGGAGAAAGAUCUGAGGGACAAAAUCUUAAAGCACAUGAAGGAGAAGGAGGAGAAGGAACAGGAGACCCAGAGGGAGGAGCUGAGGAGGAAGCUGUCUGGGAAGAAGAAACUGAAGAGUGCGGUCAUCAUGAAAAGAUGACUACGGAAUGCACUGACUGAUCUUUGGGAUAAGUCAGCAUGAAGUCGUGAAGAAGGUGCUGCUGGGAAUUUAAAAUAUGUCAGUGUUAAGCAUUGAAUUGCAGAUGAUGCUUGCAGACAUAUGAGAAGUGUGUCAGUAUAAAGCAGUGAAUUGCUGAAGAUGCUGAAGUUUGAUGGUGCCAGAGUUUGAAAUACAUCAGGAUCGAGCACCGGAUUGUUGAUGGUCCUGCAGACAGUUGUGAGGUGUCAGUGUAAAGCAGUGAAUUGCUGAAGAUGCUGAAGUCUGAUAGUGACAAAGUUUGUGAUACAUCAGUAUUGAUUGUUGAUGGUGCUGCAGAUUUGAGAUGUGUCAGAAUAUAUUAAUAAAUUGCGGAACAUGCUGAAAUGUGAUCCUGCCAAAAUUUUAAAUAUGUUGAGCAAUGAAUUGCUAAUGGUGCUGUGAUCAUUUUGAGAAACGUUGCAGGAUAAAGAUGCUGAAGAGUCCAAUUAAAGCAAUGAAUUGAUGAAGAGAUCCAAGUUUUAAAUCGGUCGACAUGUAAGAGGAAUUUAUGAAGAAGGUCAGAGUAAAGAGAUUUUUCUUGAAAAGAUUAUGCUGAAAUAACAAAAUAUGAAUUGAAAAGAUGAUGCUGAAAUAAGAUAUUGACUGCUAAUGAUACUACAGCAGUUCAAGUGAAAUCAUCAUGAAAAAGUGAUUUGAUGGUGCAUCACAAUGGUGAUAAAAAGAUGGCUGAUGGUGCAUCACAUUGGUCAUGAAAAGAUGACUUGAUGGUGCAUCACAAUGAUCAUAUAAAGAUGACUUGAUGAAACAUCACAUUGGUCAUGAAAAGAUGACUUGAUGAAGCAUCACAUUGGUGCUAAAAAGAUUAUUGAUAGAGCAUCUUAUUGGCCAUGAAAAGGUGACUUGAUUAUUUGUCCGGUGAAGUUUUACAUUGGUCAAGAAAAGAUACUGUGAGAUUAUUUGAGGCAAUACUAAGGGACUGAAGUGCUUCUGUGAUAUGCAGUUAGGAUACAUAAAGAUGUUGAGUGAGGUUGACACAAUCAAAGUAACGGUACAUAGUACCAAUAAUAUGACACACAAAGGUCACAACAAAUGUAUUGUCUGGUUAAGCAGCCUCAUCUGGUUUCGACAUGUUAAGAAAGUCUAAUCUCGAUCAGUAUUGCCUGUAAUAAACUAUUAGUAUUGCCAGAAGACUUCCAUUGGAAAGUUUUAAGAAGCAGUUUUUACCAAAGAACUUUCAAUUUGAAUUGUACUCAUCUUGGAAAUUUGUGUUAUAUAAAGUGACAUUGAGAAA